CGCCCACUGACUUUGAUGGUAGGUGGCGGUACGCACCUUAAGCUGUGUGCGGUCCGCCAGUCAGGCUUGAGGGAAGAAGCCGAAGAAGAAGAAGAAAGCGCCAUGGCGGACACCGGCGCCAAUCCGAACAGUGGCAAUGAAAGCGAUGAGGAAAAUCGGAAGGUCAAGAAGCUGAAAGGGGAACCAAAAGGUGACCGAGGAGAAAAUGGAGAGGAGACCAAUCUGUCGGACUUCAAGCCAACGUCCGUGCUGAGGGACUCUGCGCGGGAUAAAACCAUAUUCGUCCACGGAGAGCUGAAAGAGCAGCCGGCGGUGGUUAUCCUGGAGAAGACCCCCUUCGGUGAAGAUACCCUGACCGAGAUGUUCAAAGGUGCCAAAACAAACCUGGAGGUGAAGAACGACAUCUACAGCACCUACGUGUUCCAGCCUCCUGCACAUCUCAACGAGAUCAAGGCCACUGUGGUGUGUCCAGCCACGGAGGCGCAUGUGCAAAAAUACCAGCGCAAGGAGAUCAUCAUGGUGGAGGAGACAGAAGACGACUACAAAAACAUCACCCUGCCUUACAUUACGAGCAAGGGCCUCAGUGUGACGUGGGUGUACAACAUCCUGGAAAAGAAGGCAGAGAAAGAACGGAUCAUUUUUGAAGAUUCAGACAAGGAGCUUGGCUUUGUCCUCCUGCCAGAUUUCAAAUGGGACCAAAAGCAGGUUGAUGACUUGUACCUGAUAGCCAUCGUGCAUAAGAGAGACAUUAAGAGUCUCAGAGACCUGACGCCUGAUCACCUGCAGCUACUUCAAAACAUCUACCAGAAGGGAACGGACGCCAUCGUGCAGCGCUACGGCCUCCCCACCAACAAGCUGAGGGUCUACGUGCACUACCAGCCGUCCUACUACCACUUCCACGUGCACUUCAACUCUCUGAGCUACGAGGUGCCGGGCAGCCGCGUGGAGCGCGCCCACCUCCUCCAGGACAUCAUCCAGAACCUCAAGUCCGACCCACAGUACUACAAAACCCGGACCCUCCUCUUCCCGAUGAGAACCGAUGACGAGCUGAUCAGCAUGUACAAGGCGGCGGGGAGGUUGUAGCCGCACACGAUGUCAACAGGAAGAGGCGGGGCGACGUACAAGGGGGGCAGAUCAAAACCCACUCAUCCCCUUGUUGUUGAAUCCUUCCCAAAUCAUGUGGCUGUAGUUUCUCAAGCCAGCUGGGUUUACCAAGACCAACUUGGUAACUCAGUUUCUUUUGAAUAAGUAAACAUGUGAAGAAAGGUGUUAAUCCACACAGCUUGAUAUUCUUUCACUGUGAAAUUAACUGGAUUUUGCAUUUCCGCUGUUCUAUAAUCAGUGUAUUUUUGUUUGUGUCUGCCUGAGACCCAACAAGUUGUUUUUGUAUACAUUUUUACGUACAUUUAAUGUAAAGGGCAUUAAUGCCACCCCUUCUAGUUAGUACUGUUACUUGUUUGUCCCAUUUUUAUACGAGAAAAAAUAGAUUUUGAUAAAACACUGUACUCUCUUUGAGAUGCAGGCCUUUGCAUCCCAGUGUGCUUUUCUAAUGUCUGAUGCCUUUUCAUGUGUGCAUUUAACUGGUAUGACUGAAAUAAACACUCUCAUUUUACUAGG